ACGAGAUUUAAACAUGGCCGAGGAGGUUAUUGAUCCUGGAAUUGAAACUGAAUAUGAAGCAGUAGAAGAGAUUUGUUAUUGUAAUGGCUUAAAGGGCAGCAAUAUGGUGCAGUGUGUUUUAUGCCGACGCCUGUUUCAUUUGGAUUGCCUAAAGAAUGGAAAACCCAGCACACUUGUGGGUGAUGUGUUCUUUGAUCUCACCUGUGCAUCUUGUUCUACUGAUGGCUCAGAGAUUUGCACCAGACAACAUUUAAGCUGGCUGCAAGCUGUGUACUUGACGUUGUACAAUCUGUACUCUACAAGUAGAGGAAGAAAAGGUUACUUUAGAUGGAGAGAAGACAUCUGCCACUUCAUUGACAAACACUGGCAGCUUUUGUUCCCCAACAAAAAAAAGAAGAACACUUGGAAUAGCACAGUUGCUGGCAUUUUGUCUUCAGGAUGCCCUGAGUAUUUCAAGUCAGGACAGAAGGAGUUUAACAAGGAAACUGGAUGGUGGGGAUUACAAGAGAACAUUGCUCCAUCAGUUAAAUUGACUGGGACAGGGAGUGGUAGUUCACGCAAAAGAAGAGGACGUGCUGGUGUUGCCACAGGGUUUGGUGCAAAGAACAAGGAAUCUCAGUUAACUACUGAAAAGUCCCCAAGGAUUCCAGUACAGCCUUUGUGUGCUGACGAAAAUGUCAUUGAGCUUUCAGUUUCUGAGCAUAAAAGUCCAUGUGAUGAUCUUAUGUCCCAGUUAUUAUCGGAGGAGGAUAUGCGGGAACUUGCAGAACCUACACCAGAGAUGGACGCGUUCACAAGUUUGUUCACGGCUGGUUACGAAGACAUGGACGACACUUCUUCACUUUUCACUGGUGAAGAGGAAAAAUCAGAAUUAGACUUCCUUGAUGAGAGAACUGACAGGCAGGAGGAUACGGAAUCUUUGUCUUCAACUGCUACUUCAGAGAAGUCAUGUAAGCAUUCGCAAUCUGACUCGGUUCAGAGCGAGACCAAAGGCAAACCUGUUGCAAACAACCUUACAAGUCUUCCUCACACAAUUGAUAGUCUGGUUCCCGUGUCAGAAGAGAGAGAAAAGGAAUUGUUGCUCAAGAUCAACUCUUAUCCUAAAGCAGUUUAUCAUGAUCCCGUGGCGAGGAGAUUUAGACGAAAAUUAAUAUUGAGACAGAUUAAAAGAUCCAAGGGUUUGAAAUUAUUCGAUCUGGACAAGACAGUUUCAGAUGCUGUGACGUCAACCUUAAGAUAUCAGUUGACCAAUGAUGGUUUUGUCCCGAUUGAGAAUCGCGACAUUGUGCCAUCAGUUACUGAAGAUAACUCGCAAAGAAAGCUUUACAAACAGAGAAUUCUAAAGAAGUCUAAUUCUUCUUCCUUUGGCACGACGGAAAAUGUCCUUGAUAGAUUUUUGGCGGCUCCUCGCAUGCUUCCCGGUUCUCGUCCCAGGACUUGCUCGUUCUUAACACGGCUGAUUGGCGGUGAUUCUCAAACACUGUACAGACCUAUUACCAGUCCUUACACGUCCAGAAUACUUAAGCCCAUAGCUGGAUUUGUGACGGAAACAUGA